CUCUGCCUGAUGGUCCAUAGUGAAUAGAAGUACUCUGUUCCCUCUCUUGCUCACCUAAACUGCUUUUGGAAACGCCAGAAGUAAAUAAAAGGGACAGGGGACUCAGCCCACCUUCUCCUCCCCAAGAAAGCUUAAGAGAGAAGGGACUGGUCAGAGCAUCGGAGCGAGGGAGGGAGGGGACCGCUGGAGCACGAGGUGUCUGUGCGGGCCUGGGUCUGGGUCUGGGUCUGGGUCAGCGCUGGAGAAGUCUGCGGAGCCAACAGAUCCGGAGCGGAGCAGCCCCCCCAUGCUGUCUGCGGACGAUGCCGAGUACCCGCGGGAGUACCGGACCCUGGGGGGCGGGGGCGGCGGGGGCAGCGGGGGCCGGCGCUUCUCCAACGUGGGGCUGGUGCACACGUCCGAGCGGCGACACACGGUGAUCGCAGCCCAGAGUCUGGAGGCGCUCAGCGGGCUCCAGAAGGCGGACGCCGACCGCAAGCGUGAUGCUUUCAUGGACCACCUGAAGAGCAAAUACCCGCAGCACGCCCUGGCCCUGCGAGGCCAGCAGGACAGGAUGCGAGAGCAGGUUGGCGGCUGGACCGUGGACCCCGUGUGCCUCCUCAGCUCCCUCUGCUCCCACCUCCAUGGCGACUCCGCCCCCUCCGGGGCUGGCCAGCCGGCCCAGACCCGCAGCUCACGUCACACUCAGGGAGCCCAGCCCGGGCUGGCAGACCAGGCGGCAAAGCUGUCCUACGCCUCGGCCGAGUCGCUGGAGACCAUGUCGGAGGCCGAGCUGCCCCUGGGUUUCAGCAGGAUGAACCGCUUCCGACAGAGCCUGCCUCUUUCCCGCUCGGCCAGCCAGACCAAGCUGCGCUCCCCAGGGGUGCUGUUCCUGCAGUUCGGGGAGGAGACUCGGCGCGUGCACAUCACGCACGAGGUCAGCAGCCUGGACACGCUGCACGCACUCAUCGCGCAUAUGUUCCCGCAGAAGCUCACCAUGGGCAUGCUUAAGUCGCCCAAUACCGCCAUCCUCAUCAAAGACGAGGCUCGCAACGUCUUCUACGAGCUGGAGGACGUCCGGGACAUCCAGGACCGCAGUAUAAUCAAGAUCUAUAGGAAGGAGCCCCUGUACGCUGCCUUCCCUGGCUCACACCUCACCAACGGGGACCUCCGGAGAGAGAUGGUGUAUGCGUCGCGGGAGUCGUCGCCCACGCGGCGCCUCAACAAUCUGUCGCCAGCGCCUCACCUGGCGUCAGGCUCGCCGCCGCCCGGGCUGCCGUCGGGGCUGCCAGCCGGGCUGCAGUCCGGCUCGCCGUCGCGCUCGCGUCUCUCGUACGCCGGGGGGCGCCCGCCCUCGUACGCCGGCAGCCCGGUGCACCACGCGGCCGAAAGGCUGGGAGGCGCCCCGCCCGCCCAGGGCGUCAGCCCCAGCCCCAGCGCCAUCCUGGAGCGGCGCGACGUGAAGCCGGACGAGGACCUGGCGGGCAAGACGGGCGGCAUGGUGCUGGUGAAGGGCGAGGGUCUCUAUGCCGACCCCUACGGGCUACUGCACGAGGGCCGUCUGAGCCUGGCCGCGGCUGCCGGCGACCCGUUUGCCUACCCGGGAGCUGGCGGCCUCUACAAGCGCGGCUCGGUGCGCUCGCUAAGCACCUACUCGGCCGCCGCUCUGCAGUCCGAUCUGGAGGACUCCCUGUACAAGGCUGCGGGCGGCGGCGGCGGCCCGCUGUACGGCGACGGCUACGGCUUCCGCCUGCCGCCCUCGUCACCGCAGAAGCUGGCCGACGUGGCAGGGCCCCCCGGAGGCCCCCCGCCGCCGCACAGCCCCUACUCGGGGCCGCCCAGCCGCGGCUCGCCAGUGCGCCAGUCCUUCCGCAAGGACUCCGGCUCCUCGUCCGUCUUCGCCGAGAGUCCUGGAGGGAAGACCCGCAGCGCGGGGAGCGCCUCAACGGCCGGAGCUCCCCCUUCGGAGCUCUUCCCUGGGCCUGGGGAGCGCUCGCUGGUUGGGUUCGGGCCGCCAGUGCCAGCCAAGGACACGGAGACCAGGGAGCGCAUGGAGGCUAUGGAGAAGCAGAUUGCCAGCCUCACAGGCCUGGUGCAGAGCGCCUUACUGCGAGGCUCUGAGCCUGAGACCCCCAGUGAGAAGAUUGAAGGCUCCAACGGAGCAGCUACCCCCUCAGCACCCUGUGGGUCAGGCGGCCGGAGCAGCGGGGCCACCCCCGUGUCCGGCCCGCCCCCGCCCUCGGCCAGCAGCACCCAGGCAGGGCAGCCUACCGCCGUUAGCCGGCUGCAGAUGCAGCUUCACCUUCGAGGCCUGCAGAACAGCGCCAGUGACUUGCGCGGCCAGCUCCAACAGUUGCGCAAGCUCCAGCUGCAGAACCAGGAGUCGGUGCGCGCGCUGCUGAAGCGCACGGAGGCAGAGCUGAGCAUGCGCGUGUCGGAGGCGGCGAGGCGGCAGGAGGACCCGCUGCAGCGGCAGCGCACCCUGGUGGAGGAGGAGCGGCUGCGCUAUCUCAACGACGAGGAGCUUAUUACCCAGCAGCUCAAUGACCUGGAGAAAUCGGUGGAGAAGAUCCAGAGGGACGUGUCCCACAACCACCGGCUGGUUCCUGGCCCUGAACUGGAGGAGAAGGCACUGCUGCUGAAGCAGCUCGGGGAGACGCUGACGGAGCUCAAGGCUCACUUCCCGGGCCUGCAGAGCAAGAUGCGGGUGGUGCUGCGCGUGGAGGUGGAGGCGGUGAAGUUCCUGAAGGAGGAGCCCCAGCGCCUGGAUGGGCUCCUCAAGCGCUGCCGCGGGGUCACGGACACACUGGCCCAGAUCCGAAGGCAAGUGGAUGAGGGUGUGUGGCCACCCCCCAACAAUCUCCUGAGUCAGUCCCCAAAGAAGGUGACGGCAGAGACUGACUUCAACAAGAGCGUAGACUUCGAAAUGCCACCCCCCAGCCCCCCACUGAACCUGCACGAGCUGAGCGGACCAGCUGAAGGAGCCUCUCUUACCCCUAAGGGGAGCAACCCCACCAAAGGCUUGGACACUCCUGGCAAGAGAAGUGUGGACAAGGCUGUGUCUGUCGAGGCUGCAGAGCGAGACUGGGAGGAGAAGCGGGCAGCCCUGACCCAGUAUAGUGCCAAGGACAUCAACCGGCUGCUGGAAGAGACACAGGCAGAGCUGCUCAAGGCCAUCCCUGAUCUGGACUGUGCCAGCAAGGCCCAUCCAGGCCCGGCUCCCACUCCAGACCACAAGCCCCCCAAGGCCCCCCACGGCCAGAAGGCAGCCCCCCGAACGGAGCCCAGCGGGAGGAGGGGCUCAGAUGAGUUGACAGUGCCCCGAUACCGCACAGAGAAGCCCUCCAAGUCACCCCCGCCGCCCCCUCCCCGCCGGAGCUUCCCCUCCUCCCACGGCCUGACCACCACACGCACUGGAGAGGUGGUGGUCACCAGCAAGAAGGACUCGGCCUUCAUCAAGAAGGCCGAGUCCGAGGAGCUGGAGGUGCAGAAGCCCCAGGUGAAGCUGCGCCGGGCCGUGUCGGAGGUGGCCCGUCCAGCCUCCACACCACCCAUCAUGGCCUCGGCCAUCAAGGACGAGGAUGACGAGGAUCGCAUCAUUGCAGAGCUAGAGGUGUUUGAGAGAAGCUCAGUGUCUUCCCUCCCCCCCACGCCCCGCCGCCAGCUGAUCCCCACCUUGCUGUCCCCCCAGGACCUGGGGCCCCCCGGGGGCUCAGCCCCAGGCCCUACACGGAAGGGGAUGGGCACAGAGCAGUGUGAGGAACCUCUAGGACGAGCUCUAUGGAAGGGGCGCCUCCUGGACUGGCCGUGCCCUUGGCACUUUGGCCCCUCCCAUCCAAGCCCUGCCCCUUUCUGGCUCUGGGAGCCCAUCCUGAGGGGCCCAGUGGACAAGGCCUUUUGCCCCUGGCUGACCCUCUGCAUCCUGCGGCAGCAUCGGGCUGUGGAGCCGGGCGAGUAUGAGGUCGCCCUCUCUGCCUCCCCAGUCAGCAUCCCCCGCUUCCAGGCUGCCCCAGGUCCCAGGGCCUUCUGCAUCCCAAAGAUCAUCUUAACAGAGUGUGCCCCUAGCCCUCCUAGCCCGCCAGAGGCCAGACUUGAGGAACUGGGACCCAGGACAGGUCCCACCCCAAGACCAUGGACCCUGGCUGACAGCGGGAGGGGCUGGGAUGGUCCACAGGCCCCGCCAGGGGUAGUGGGAGAGACUCCUGGGCCGAGGAGCAGCUUCGUGCCCUGGAAGGAGGGGGCAGCUCUGAAGAGACUGGGCAGAGGAGGCUGCAGCCUAGAGGAUGGAGAAGCCAGGGUACCCUGUCCUCAGGGACCAGCCCAGGAUGGGAUUCCGGAGACCUCUACUGCUGACACCUACCCAGAGGAGAUCCUCAAGGACUCUGGACACGAUGCCCAAACCUGCAGUAGGGAGCACCAGGGCCAGGCUGCUGCCAACUCAGGCUGUGCCACAUGGGGCACCACUGCCCAGCGGAUGGACAGCCUGGAGGAGACGCUCCGGGAGCUGGAAGCCACCCUGAGCAACAUGGGCACAGGCCCUGCCGUGGGGUCCCCUGGCAGCCCCCCACCCCUACCCCUCAGCCCCCAGAGUGGUGGAGGCAGCGUACCGCCCAUGAAGGUGGUGACUCCGGGGGCCUCUCGGCUGAAGGCGGCCCAGGGCCAGGUGGGCAGCCCUGACAAAAGCAAACAUGGCAAGCAGAGGGCCGAGUACAUGCGGAUCCAGGCCCAGCAGCAGGCCACUAAACCAUCUAAAGAGAUGAGCGGGUCGAAUGAGACCUCGAGCCCAGUCUCAGAAAAGCCCUCGGCUUCCAGAACCUCUAUCCCUGUAUUGACUUCCUUUGGGGCAAGGAAUUCUUCCAUCUCCUUCUAGAAGCCCCUCACCCCGCUGCCCCGCCUGUCCCCCUCCCUCACUCCUGCCAUUUCUCCCCUCUCUUCCCUUCAUCUCCACCCCACCCUACUCUCCAGACCCCCGAGGGGUGCGCCCUGCAGAGGAGGCUGUGGCCCUCCUCAGCUCCCUCUACCCACCCUCUGUUGGUGUUUUUGGUUUUUUUUUUAACGAUUCACUUUUAAUUAUCUUUUUUUUAAACAGUAAAACUAAAAACCAAACACACCACCUUCUUUGAUCUGUUCCCAGCUGGCCUCUCACUGGCCGCACCUGUCACGUCUCUCCCUCUUCUCUUUCACCACUCUUUCCCCUAGUCCAUCCUGAAGCUCCUGCACCCCUUCCCGCCUUCCCUUCACUUCCCAAGAAUACUCCAAACAAACUCUGAGCCACGGAGACUUGGAGCAGUGGGAGACCCCUCUCCCGUUUCUCGGUACUUUCCUGGAGGAACGCGGGGACAUCGGACCAACCCAUACAUCAGGCCGGAGAGCGGGGUGCAGGGAGACUGGCCUUGGAGACGCCCCACUCCCUGUCCAAGCUCGGACAAGACUGCGACCUCCUCUGUGGCUGCUCUGCCUCCUCCCACUCACACCCCAGUGGGCCUGGAGUAGAGAUGGACAGGCUGGAGACUAGGCCGGAGCUUGAGCGGCCUCAGGGUGGGUGUGAGGCCAUGGAGUGGAGGACAGAGGCCCUUUGGUCUGCUGGCUGUGGAGGGUGGGUUGCAUGGACAGCCGGACAUCGGGGACACUGCCUUGGGAGAGGGCGGCCCAGACGGGUAUUUGUUACUUUUAGUUUCCUGAUUUAGCACUUUAAAUGGCAUUAACUUAUUUAAUGGGGGUGGGGUGGGCAAGAAUGAGGGGCCUAGAAAACCAGGUUUUGUGGCCUGCAGUUGGGGGAAGGGUCUGGUUUGAGGGAAAUGGGAGGGUCAAGAGGGGCUUGAUGGAGAGCGGCGAAGACACCUGGGACCCCGAGGUGGGGUGACUUGACCUUCAGUCAUCCUCCUGGUGAUUUGAGGGUUUUCCGGGAAAGGAUGAGAUGUAGUUUUUCAAUGGGGCUCUGGUGACCCUGGUGAGAUGUCUGAAGGUCCCUGAGGCCUGACCGUCCAGCCAGCGCCCCUGGCCUGUGGACGCCCUGCCUGCCCUGCAGAGGCGGUUGGCAGUGCCACCUUGCUUUUGGCCGGGUCCUGGGGAGGCAGAGAGAGGCCAAUUUUGGUUCUCACUCCUGGCCGCCCAGAGGGCACCGUGAGGAGCCAGUAGGGAGAGGAUGGGAGAAGAGGAGGAGGAGGAGUGGGGUCCCACUUGGAGCACAAAGUGAAGCAAGCACAGGGGAGGGGGACUCGAAUCAGUCCCCCCAGCAAGCACAGAAAGGAGGAGCUGCGCAAGAGGCAGAGUCCCCCAACCCCUGGGGCCUGGCUGGGGAAAGCCCGCACUUGGGGAGCGCCGGAGCUGCUGAGGGUUUGGGGGGAGGGGACUCUGGGGUUGUGUUUCUCCAUUUCUUUUUUCGUUUUUGCCUUUGUUGGUUCAUCCUCGUUUUCUAGCUUUGGAUCAUUUUUGUACCAAGGCGAGCAAGCCUUUUUGAAAAAUAACAAAAGAGGAAAAAAAAAAUCCCUCCUGAAAAAAAAAAAACCCUGGAAAAUAGAAAAAAAAAAAGGACCUCAUAAAUGAUGCAAUUACUUUUAAUUGCAGGCAACUCUUUACAUUUAAGUGAAGUGUCUUAACAUUUUAUAUUGUUUUAAAAAUAUAUUUACAUAUUAUAUAUAUAAUAUACGUAAUAUAAAUAUAUAUAAAUAUUUAAAAAAGAAAAAAAAAAGAAAACCACGGCACUCUCUCCCUGGCCGCUGUUUUGGCGGGGGAGGGGGCUGGGGGGCGGGCACUUCGGCCUGGCUUCUGUGGUCCCAGUGAAACGGUCUGGUUUGAUUUGGCUGUACAGAGACCCCCUGACUUGGGAGGGGAGGGGGGAGUGGUGCCCCCUCCUCCCUCCACUCCAUUACUCUCUGCUUGCUACUUCGCUUGCCCCCAGCUCCCACCCUCAGCCCUGUGACUGGAAUGUGUGCCCCACCGUCAUUGUCCUGAGUUGAAUGUCCCUUUGUGGGGGAGGUGAGGGGACAGUGUCCAUCCACGAAGGGGCAGAAGGAGGGAGCCAUGUGCCCCGCCCCACCCGCUCGGGUGAAGUCCAGUGGGAUUUGCAUCUUUCUUUCCCUUUGGUUCCUGCACAUUUAUGGGCUGGGAGGCAUCCGUGUGGAAUCACGUGCAGCCUGUGUGUGUGCUGGCGUGAGCCCACGCACCGUGUGUGCAGACGCAUGGGGCCUGCACCCACAGGAAUGGCCGAGCACGUGUGUGGCGGAAGGCGUGGGCACAUAGGUGCAUGUAACCUGUUUGGGCAUUGGCACGUGCCUACCUGCAUGUUAGCGUGAGAGGAGCUUUGUGUGUGAGAACAUGUGUAAUGUGUGUGCAGACAUGCCUAGUGCCAGAGACUUGUGUGUGGGCCAUGUACAUGUGGACAGAGACACAUACAUGGAGGUGCAUGUGAUCUGUGUCUGCGAGUGUGCGUGUGCACGUGUGUGUGCUGGUGCAGACCCGGGUGUGUGGGUGUGCCUCUGUGUGCGUGUGUUCCAUCAUCCCUGCACCACUGGCUCCGGCUCCCUCCCCAAGCCCCCGUCCCCACCGGCCCUCUCACAGCCCGCAGCACGUCAGUGCCCCCAGCUGCAUGCGCCUCGCUGCUCUGUCCAUCAGUGUGUGCUUGACCAAGAGAAAACUAAGACGUCUCCGGGGACCCCUGUACCUGGUCCUCUCAGCCCCCGCCCACUGUGCUGUGUUACUCGCAUGGGGGGUUUCUCUCCUGCCCCUUCCACAAUAUGCUGUUUUCCCAGGAGCCUCAGGCCUGAGGCUCUGAGUGGGGUCCCCAGGGGGUCCCCCGGGGUGAGUCCCGGCUCCACACCCUGCCCCGUCCACCCUGUAGGGCCCAUGUUGGUGUAGCAGUGAUGGCUUCUGUGGAUAUUCUGUGACCUCUGUCGGUGUAACUUGACAAUUUCUAAAUGGAAAAGGGUUGCUGUGUUUUCUCUGUCUCUCUUUUUUAAUGUCCUUUUUUCUUCUCCCCACCUUCCUGCUCUCUUUCCUUUUCAGUUUUUCUAGCCAAGUGUUUGGGGCUUUAAUAAAACUCGUUUCUUUUUCCUCUCCUGGA